AUGGGGUUAACAGGGGACCAGGAAGGAAAUGAGCUACCAUCAAUCCACAGUCCCACUCUACAGCCAUCAAUUCACAGUCCCACUCUACAGCCUCCAUCAAUCCAGUCCCACUCUACAGCCACCAUAAAUCCACAGUCCCACUCUACAUCCACCAUCAAUCCACAGUCCCACUCUACAGCCACCAUCAAUCCACAAUCCCACUCUACAGCCACCAUCAAUCCACAAUCCUACUCUACAGCUACCAUCAAUCCACAGUCCCACUCUACAGCCAUCAAUUCACAGUCCCACUCUACAGCCACCAUCAAUCCAGUCCCACUCUACAGCCACCAUAAAUCCACAAUCCCACUCUACAGCCACCAUCAAUCCAGUCCCACUCUACAGCCACUAUCAAUCCACAGUCCCACUCUACAGCCACCACCAAUCCACAGUCCCACUCUACAGCCAUCAUCAAUCCAAAAUCCCACUCUACAGCCACCAUCAAUCCACAAUCCUACUUUACAGCUACCAUCAAUCCACAGUCCCACUCUACAGCCAUCAAUUCACAGUCCCACUCUACAGCCACCAUCAAUCCAGUCCCACUCUACAGCCACCAUAAAUCCACAGUCCCACUCUACAGUCACAACCGAUCCACCAUCACUGAUCCAGUGCCCCACUCCCCAGCUAUCACUGAUCCAGUGUUCCACUCCCCAGCCACCACUGUUCCAGUGUCCCACUCCCCAGCCAGCACUGAUCCAGUGUCUCACUGUCAAGCCAAGACUGGCCCAGUGUUCCACUCUCCAGCCACCACUGAUCCAGUGUUCCUGUCAAGACACCAAUAAUCCAGUGUCCCACUCUCCAGUCAUCACUGAUCCAGUGCCCCACUCCCCAGCUAUCACUGAUCCAGUGUCCCACUCCCCAGCCAGCACUGAUCCAGUGUCUCACUGUCAAGCCAAGACUGGCCCAGUGUUCCACUCUCCAGCCACCACUGAUCCAGUGUCUAACUCCCCAACCACCACUGAUCCAGUAUCCCACUCCCCAACCACCACUGAUCCAGUAUCUCACUCCCCUGCCACCAUUGAUCCAGUGUCCCACUCUCCAGCCAUCACUGAUCCAGUGUCCUACUCCCCAACCACCACUGAUCCAGUAUCCCACUGUCAAGCCAAGACUGGCCGAGUGUCCCACUCUCCAGCCACCACUGAUCCAGUGUCUCACUGUCAAACCAAGACUGGCCCAGUGUCCCACUCUCCAGCCACCACUGAUCCAGUGUCCCACUGUCAAGCCAAGACUGGCCCAGUGUCCCACUCUCCAGCCAUCUUUGAUCCAGUGUCUCACUCCUCUGCCACCGUUGAUCCAGUGUCCCACUUUCCAGCCAUCACUGAUCCAGUGUCCCACUCCCCAGCCACCACUGAUCCAGUGUCCCACUCUCCAGCCAUCACUGAUCCAGUGUCCCACUCACCAGCCACCACUGUUCCAGUGUCCCACUCCCAAACCACCACUGAUCUAGUAUCCCACUCCCCAACCACCAUUGAUCCAGUGUCCCACUCCCCAACCACCACUGAUCCAGUAUCCCACUCCCCAACCACCACUGAUCCAGUGUCCCACUCCCCAGCCACCACUGAUCUAGUAUCCCACUCCCCAGCCACCAUUGAUCCAGUGUCCCACUCCCCAGCCAUCACUGAUCCAGUGUCCCACCCCCCAGCCACCACUGAUCAAGUGUCCCCCUCCCCAGCCACCACUGAUCCAGUGUUUCACUGUCAAGCCAAGACUGGCCCAGUGUCCCACUCUCCAGCCAUCAUUGAUCCAGUGUCUCACUCCCCUGCCACCAUUGAUCCAGUGUCCCACUCCAAGCCACCAUUGAUCCAGUGUCCCACUCUCCAGCCACCACUGAUCCAGUGUCCCACUCCCAAGCCACCACUUAUUCAGUGUCCCACUCUCCAGCCACCACUGUUCCAGUGUCCCACUCCCCAGCCACCACUGAUCAAGUGUCCCACUCCCCAGCCACCACUGAUCAAGUGUCCCACCCCCCAGCCACCACUGAUCAAGUGUCCCCCCCCCCAGCCACCACUGAUCCAGUGUCCCACUCCCAAGCCACCACUUAUUCAGUGUCCCACUCUCCAGCCACCACUGAUCCAGUGUCCCACUCCAAGCCACCACCUAUCCAGUGUCCCACUCUCCAGCCACCACUUAUCCAGUGUCCCACGCCAAGCCACCACUGAUCCAGUGUCCUACUCUCCAGCCACCACUGAUCCAGUGUCCCACUCCAAGCCACAGCUGACUUGGUGA